AUGAUGAAACAAUUUCAUGGCAAAACAAGUCGAAAAAGAAUGAGCGAGUAGAUCGACGCGGCCGCGCCGAGAAACGGCGCGAACGUUCUAGAAAGCGGGUCGCUGGGAGUAUAAAAGAUGGGAGCGGAGCUUUAAAUCUCGCAGAUUUCGCAAAUAGUACUUACUAUCGUCAAUCUCCCCACAUCAAGCUACACUGGUGAGUGAAUUUUACGUAACUUCAUGCCGUUAGGUUUAAAAUAUCAAAUAAAACCUGGUUACAAAACUUUUUCUCACUUCAAUGAAAAAAAUUGACGUCGAAUUUCUUUGAAUUAUUUUAAUUACGUCUUUGAUCUGAGUAGAUCUUUAAUAGGAAGCUUUUUUUGAUAAACAGAAAUGUGUGAAAAUUUCAAAAAAACCAUUUUUUUCAUAAAUUAAACUUUGGUACUUCAAACGCUUUCUCUUUCAUUUAGAAAUGGUCCAUUACACCUUCCAAAAGUUUAGUUAUACCCAUAAAUCCCCUUGAAUAUACUAUUUCAUGAAGAAGGAAAAAAAAGCCGAGUACUGAAAUCGUUCCUUUCAAAUAUGAAUGCACUACGCCUUGAGAUAUACUUUUAGGGCCCUUUCAAAAGCUGUCAAGUGAGACCUAGCCCUAAAUUCAUAUAUUUCACAUAUUGUUUCGAAACCACUAUUAUCGCGAUGAUAUAUCAAAUUUCUGAAAUUAUUUGAAAAGAAAAAUGGCGCCAUCGCAAGAUUUUCGAAUUCUGGAAAUUUUCACCAAGGGUAAGUGUGCUCCGGCGUACACAUUCUAGAACGUGCUGGCCACGCCCAUUCGGUCAGCCGGCCAAUCGGAGCUGCCACUCCGCCCUCCUUCGAGAACAUUUCAGUUUGAAUUCUGCCAUUAGAUUUUCAGUCAAAAAUUUGAGAAUGUCUCUAUUGAAGGUCUAUCGUUGCUUUUUGAGGCGAUUUUUUUGUUUUCUUUGAUAAAGCAGUAUUUUUUCAACUAGUUAACGGGAUAAUCAUGCUUUUUGAGCUAGGGAAGAAAAUAAAGUCCAAAAAACAAAACUUACACCUAAAAGAUUUUUUUUCAAGUGCUGUUCUCACUUUCUUCUUUUACUCGUGUUUAGAUUGGUUGUAAAUCUCCAAAAUUGUUUUAUAUUUUAGACAAUGUCCGAACAAUCGGGUGAAACGUUCGCCUUCCAAGCCGAGAUCGCUCAGUUGAUGAGCUUGAUCAUCAAUACAUUCUACAGCAACAAGGAAAUCUUUCUCCGUGAAUUGAUCUCCAACUCUUCGGAUGCAUUGGAUAAGAUCCGCUAUCAGGUAUGUAGCUGUUUUCUUUACCAUUUUUUUUCACGUUUAUUAAAUAAAAAUGGCAGAGGGAAUGAUACUAUAUUUCAGGCUCUUACCGAGCCCUCUGAGCUCGACUCCGGCAAGGAGCUCUUCAUCAAGAUCACGCCGAACAAGGCCGAGAAGACUCUCACCAUCAUGGAUACCGGAAUCGGUAUGACCAAGGCUGAUUUGGUCAACAACCUCGGUACCAUUGCCAAGUCCGGAACCAAGGCUUUCAUGGAGGCCCUUCAGGUAACAAAGUUUUGCUUGAUGAAUGUUAAAUCGUAAAUUGAAGGCUGGAGCCGAUAUUUCCAUGAUCGGACAGUUCGGAGUCGGUUUCUACUCUGCUUUCCUCGUUGCCGACCGUGUUGUCGUCACGUCCAAGAACAACGAUGAUGACAGUUAUCAGUGGGAAUCCUCCGCUGGUGGUUCUUUCAUCGUGCGGUAUGUGUAGUCUUUUUUAAAACUCUUUAUCAUUAUUUUCUUUUUCAGCAACUACACUGACCCCGAAUUGACUCGUGGUACCAAGAUCGUCAUGCACGUCAAGGAGGACCAGGUCGAGUUCCUGGAGGAGCGCCGCAUCAAGGAUAUCGUCAAGAAACACUCUCAGUUCAUUGGCUAUCCUAUCAAGCUGGUCGUUGAGAAGGAACGCGAGAAGGAAGUCUCGGAUGACGAGGCUGAGGAGGAGGAGAAGAAGGAAGAGGUUUGAUUUUUAUUUUUGGGGGGGUUUUUUUUUUAAUUUGUUAGAAAGUAUAUUUUGUCUGAUUUAGAAGAAGGAAGGAGAAGUCGAAAACGUCGGAGAGGACGCUGAUGCUGAAAAGACCGACAAGAAGAAGACCAAAAAAAUCAAGGAGAAGUACCAGGAAGACGAGGAGCUCAACAAGACCAAGCCCAUCUGGACGCGUAACCCUGAUGACAUCUCCAACGAAGAGUACGCCGAGUUUUACAAGGUAUUUUUUUCAUAUAAAUAUCUCUUUUAAGUGAGAAUUAUUGCAGAGCUUGUCCAAUGACUGGGAAGACCACCUUGCUGUCAAGCACUUCUCGGUUGAAGGACAACUUGAGUUCCGCGCUCUUCUCUUCGUGCCCCAGCGUGCUCCUUUCGAUCUUUUCGAGAACAAGAAGAGCAAGAACUCCAUCAAGCUUUAUGUACGUCGUGUCUUCAUCAUGGAGAACUGCGAAGAACUCAUGCCCGAGUACCUCAACUUCGUCCGCGGAGUCGUCGACUCUGAAGACCUUCCGCUCAACAUUUCUCGCGAAAUGCUGCAGCAGAGCAAGAUCUUGAAGGUCAUCCGAAAGAACCUUGUCAAGAAGUGCAUGGAGCUUUUCGACGAAAUUGCUGAGGACAAGGACAACUUCAAGAAGUUUUACGAGCAGUUCGGAAAGAACGUCAAGCUCGGAAUUCACGAAGACUCCACCAACCGCAAGAAGCUCUCUGAGUUCCUCCGCUACCACACGUCUGCUUCUGAGGAGACCACCUCUCUCAAGGACUACGUCAGCCGCAUGAAGGAGAACCAGACGCAGAUCUACUACAUCACCGGAGAGUCCAAGGACAGCGUUGCCAACUCUGCUUUCGUCGAGCGCGUCCGCAGCCGUGGCUUCGAGGUCCUCUACAUGACUGACCCCAUCGAUGAGUACUGCGUCCAGCAGCUCAAGGAGUACGACGGCAAGAAGCUCGUCUCUGUCACCAAGGAGGGCCUUGAGCUCCCGGAGAGCGAGGAUGAGAAGAAAAAGUUCGAAGAGGACAAGGUAAAAUAUAUUAAUUUUUCUUAUUCUUAAAUUUUCCUUUUUUUCAGGUCAAGUUCGAGAACUUGUGCAAGGUCAUCAAGGACAUCUUGGAGAAGAAGAUCGAAAAGGUCGCCGUUUCCAACCGCCUUGUCUCCUCCCCUUGCUGCAUUGUCACUUCUGAAUACGGAUGGUCCGCUAACAUGGAGCGCAUCAUGAAGGCUCAGGCUCUUCGUGACUCAUCCACCAUGGGAUACAUGGCCGCCAAGAAGCACCUCGAGAUCAACCCUGACCAUGCUAUCAUGAAGUGAGAUUUUUUAAUUUUUUUUUUUUACAUUUUUCUGAUUUCGAACAUCAGGACCCUCCGUGAUCGCGUUGAAGCCGACAAGAACGACAAGACCGUCAAGGACUUGGUUGUUCUCCUCUUCGAAACCGCUCUCCUUUCAUCUGGAUUCACUCUUGAAGAGCCUCAGUCACACGCUUCCCGAAUCUACAGGUGAAAGCUGUUGAAUGAAAACUAUACAAUACUCUUAUUCUUUCAGAAUGAUCAAGCUUGGCCUGGAUAUCGGAGAUGACGAGGAGGAGCCAACCACCCAAACGUCUUGCGCUGCCGAAGCUAAGAUUGAAGGCGCCGAGGAAGAUGCAUCCCGAAUGGAAGAAGUCGACUAA